AUGUCUACCAACGACCCAGCCCCCAGCAUCGAUAAACCACACGCCUUGCCUAGCGAGGUGCUGGACGACAAACCAAUUGUGGCUCCAGAUCAAGUCGACGAGAAAUACCGCACUACCAAAUACGAAGUCUGGGCAUACUAUGCCUAUUACGUUGGAAAUAAUGGCUUGUCUCUGUUCAAUUUCGCCCCAACAGCCUUCCAGAAUCUCCUCUACCAAGCUGCCGGCGAUAGUGAGAAGCUUCCUUUCAUCGGCAAGCAGCGCUCCAUCAACAGCGUCGUUCUCCUGAGCAACGGCAUCUCCUUUGCCAUCCAAAUUGCCGUCUUCCUCGUGCUCGGCAGCUUCGCCGACUUUGGCACCUGGAGACCAAACAUCCUCAUCGUCCUCUCCAUCAUCGCCUAUGCCGUCGGCUUCGGCUGGUUGGGCGUGCACACGCCAGACAAAUGGCAUAUGGGUGUCGGCCUCUACAUGGUCGGACUGAUCGCCUACCAGACUACACUGACCUUCUGGACGGCUGCGUUCCCAGCCAUUGCGCGCAACACGGCCGAGAUGAAGGCCCAUGCCGACGACCUUGUUGCGGGAAAGAUUUCGAGGGCCGAGUAUGAUUAUGAGGACUCGAUGAAGAGGAGUCAGCUGGCCAACGUUGCCUUCUACGUCCAGUCAGUGGCCGAGAUUGUCAUUCUGGCUGUCAUCGUCGGCAUCAUGUUUGGGCUGGAUGUCAAUGCGAGCGAGUCGAACAACAACUGGGGGUUGAGUGUGCUGAUUGCCUUUGCGAGCGGCGUCUGGUUGCUUGUCUCGCUGCCCUGGUUCUUUCUGGAGAAGAGGAGGCCUGGUCAGGACCCCGGGGACAGGAAUAUUGUUCUCGCUGGCUUGUCGCAGCUUUUCUAUGCCAUGCGUCAGAUCUGGAGGCUAAAGCAGAGCUUGCUUUAUCUUGUUGGUUACUUCUUGCUAGGCGAUUCUCUCAACACCACAGUCACAGUGAUUUCAACACUGCAAAACAGCAUUGUGGCGUACAAUACGCUGCAGUUGACCUAUCUUCUCAUCGUGGGCAUUGCAGCUCAGGCUGUUGGUAUUCUCGCCUUCUGGACCAUCCAAAAACGAUACAAAUUCGACACAAAGGCCAUGUUCAAUACAAUUGCAUUUUGCAUUGUCCUCUUGGACGGUUGGGGUAUGAUUGGCAUUUGGACCAACAGAUUCGGGUUCCAUAACCUGUGGGAAGUUUGGGUCUAUCAAGCUUUCUACGGUCUCUUCGUCUGCCCUUGGUACAGUUACUCUCAAAUCAUGAUCUCCGAGGUCACGCCUCGAGGCCACGAAUUCCUCUUCUUCAGCUUGUUCAGUAUUGUCGGCAAAACAUCCUCGUUCAUUGGACCAAUUGUGUCCAGCGCCAUCAUCGACGCCUCGCCUUCUGGAAACGCAUCGACACCCUUUUACUUCCUUUUCGCUUUGAGUCUUGUGAGCUUUGCCAUUCUGGUUGUUGGCGUGGAUCUGCAGAAGAGUCGGUUGGAGCAGGAACAAUUCUUGCAAGAGAAGAAGGAAAGGUUGGAGGGCGAAACUAUGAUUGGAUUAUAA